AUGAUUGGUAGAAGACAGAGCGGGACCUUUGUUGCCCGUGGUGCUGUCCUAGCGGCCGGAAGUGCGGCAACCAUCACUGGGUGGAAAGCCCACGUCAAUAUUGGCAUGUUGCGACAGAUCUGUUAUCAGGAUUUAGACGGAGAUACCGCUCUCGCACUCAAGGAUAUUCCUAGAGAGCUUGAUCCUGACAGCCAGGACGGCACAGAGCUGAUCAGAAACGUUCCCACGUGGAUCAUUCGCCAGGACCGAGAGUACAGCUCUACAGAAAGAUUCCCGGAUAUCGAUAGUAUACACAUCUGGUAUGAGGAUGAAGCCAAGUGGGCUCUAGACGAGACCUUUGUGGCAUUAGUAGGAGUUGCAUCCGAUCACCUGCCGAUCACUGACAAGAAGAACAAUGGUUCGUUCCAUGCCUACACAGGGUACAUCGAGAAAUCUGCUGACAUCUGA